ACCAACAGGACUUUUGUUUCCCCCCGUGUUUUGUUCGUUGCUGCUCGUUGUUAGCAGGUUGCUAAGUGACUAUACAGAAGCUUUACUGUCAAUGUCAGAUUCUGUGUUGAUUCUUUUUUUUAAAAAAUAACCCGAAGAAGUGUAUGGAUUAAAAUGAUGGGGGAUGACGCAAAUUUAUCGGUGACGAUUGCCCACAUCGUGCAGAGGCUUAAAGGGACCUAUUUACACUCACAGAUAGAGAGACACGCCAAAGAAUGUUUACACCAACCUGAGAUCAAACUGGAGUCUCUCAAAGAGGACGUGAGAUGUUUCCUUAAAACAUCAGGAUGGGAGAGGAAGCUGCAGAAUGCAGUGUACAGAGAGCUGCACAGCCACCUGCCCCCGACUCACCCUGCAGCUCCUCCGGAACAUCUUAAAGAGCCGCUGGCCUACAUGCGCAAAGCUCAGGCCACAUGGGAGAAACGUGUCCUGAAGAGUCUGAACAGCAUGAGCUCAGAGCUGGGAGUUCCUCUGGCUCGAAUGAGAGGAGCAGAGGAGCAGAAGGAGCUGAGGAACAAGUGGAAUGAGAUGGGAACAGAUGAACCAGAUCUGAGUAGCUUCAGGCCCGUCUACGCUCCCAAAGACUUUCUCGAGGUGUUGGUCGGUUUGAGGAACCCUAACUACGACAGCAGUGAGGACGUCAGCUCCAGGAGUCACUGGGGUCUCAUCCAGGCCCCCCUGAACGUCAGGGACAUCCCACAACUAAGACAGGUUUUCACAGAACUGAACUUGACCACAGGACAGCUGGGGAUUGAUGACAACGCUCACAUUCAUCCAGACUUGUUUGAGAACCAAUACGUCCUGGUUGGAAAGAAAGUGGUUGAGGAUCAGGACAGCGCAGCAGCCCAGCAGUACAGCAGACGAGGCUGCUCCAAUGGACUCAGAGCAGACCUGUGGGCCCUCAUCCUGAACUCCACCAACCAGCCACCGGAUGUGAUGCAUUAUGAACAGCUGAAGACUGGAGUCAUACAACAUGACCUGCUGGUGGACAACCUUAUCUACAAGGAUGUGAAGCUCACAGCCAGUAAUGACGACUACUAUUUUGUCUUUGAGGACUUCCUGUAUCAGGUCUUACUGUGUUUCUCCAGGGACACGCUUGUGUUGGAGCACUUCAAGUACAACAGCGCCACCCCUCCUAAAGCCUACAUCCAAGGAAAAGCAGGAGAUGAAGACUUUGCUGUGGUUUAUCCUCCUAACGGGGUCAUCCCGUUCCAUGGGUUUUCAAUGUACGUGGCACCUCUGUGUUACCUGUACAACGAGCCCUCCAAACUGUACAGUGUUUUCAGAGAAAUGUAUGUGCGUUACUUCUUCAGACUGCACUCCAUCUCCUCCUCUCCCUCGGGUAUCGUCUCUCUGUGCCUGCAGUUUGAGCGUCUGAUCCAGGCUCAUCUUCCUCAGCUCUUCUACCACCUGAGACAGAUCGGUGCACAGCCGUUGCGUAUGGCCUUUAAGUGGUUGGUCCGAGCCUUUUCUGGCUAUCUGUCCACUGAUCAGCUGCUGCUCCUCUGGGAUCGAAUCCUUGGAUACGACUCCCUGGAGAUUGUUGCAGUUUUAGCAGCUGCUGUGUUUGCCUUCCGUGCUGAGAACCUGAUGGAAGUGACAUCACUGGCCUCGGCUGAGGCCGUCCUUGCUGACCUUUCAACACUGAAGGUCAUGCCUCUCAUCCAGAUCUUCUUGUUUGCCACCUCCAUGUGAAGUACAGUCUGCCUACAGUAUUACAGUACUGGUACAGUAUGAACACUACACAGUAUACAGAUGGCAUGUAUUAUACUUCAGCCAUAACAACGUGUCCAGCAUGUGACCCCCAUAUAUCAAGAGACAUUGGAAUAGUGUGUGUGUGAAAGUGGGUGGGAGGAAGAGGGAAGGGGGGCAGGAAAAAUAAUGAGUGGUGGACAGAGUUGGUUGUCGUCUGAUAUCACUGCAUUUUGUCUGAUUUUUUUAUUUGUCCUUCUCAAUAAACUUCUCCUGGUCUUAGUGAAACUAAACCUAAAUGACAGACAGUUGGACUUGGAUAAACAGGUCAUGUCCAACUGCUACCACAGGGGUCACCAACGUGGUGCCCGGGGUCACCUGGUAACCCUGGUGGACUACCUGAGGUGCCUGCGGGAUAUGUUCCAAAAAAUAAAACUAGUCAACAAGAGGGUGAAAAAUUGUACUGUUACUGUGCUUUUUGAAUCAGUUCCACCUGCAAUUAUCUUCAAAUGGGUCCAAUGACGAUGAUAAGAAGAAUGUCUACUAUUGUGACCUUGAAAUAGCUCUCAAUUUCAAAAAGGUUGGUGACCUCUGGUCUACCAUAAGGACCGCUGUGUUUCUUGACGUUCUAAUAGGGCAGUUAUGGUGGGACACUUAAUUUGACAGGGAUGAGACAGGGUCAGGUGUGUCUUAACAUCUCUGAAGAUCAAUAUCAUGAUGAAGACUAGUGAAACCACAUCGAUAGGCCAGGUUCUCCUGCUCUCACCUUGUCUUUGAUACCGAUCAAAUAUAUAAUUAAGAUUUCCUAUAUUCAAAUGCACAAGUGUUGUUUAUAUUUUGAUGUUUGUCUCAAGACAACACAUGUGGGACAUUAAAGCAGGACAUAACUUUGAAUCGGACAAACCCACCACUGCUGAAGACAAAUUGCAUCAUGGUCUGGGACAGAGCCACAGUAAUCACAGCAGAAAAGCAUUAGCAUCCACUGUAGAUGAAGAGAUAAUCCAACACAAACAGUACCAGGGAGAGGGGAUAUUAUUAUUAUCUUCCUGGAAGAGGAGGCUGGGGUGACCUUACUGAUGAAAGACACAGUGACAUCAGGUGACCUUUCACAGAAAGACAGGGUCUUAAUGUGUGAAAAUGUCAGUGUGAAAGUCUGGUCUGAAUAUAGGAAACCUCAAAGAUAUUUGAUCAACCUGGAUGAGGCAGGGUAGAAACAGCUGUCACUACAAACUCUAGAUGUACGCACAUAAACAAAGUCCAAAUGUCCUUUCUCUCUGAGGAACAUGUCAAUCUUGUCUGUUUAAGGACAGGUGGAAACACCUUGGUUUAUUUUGGACUAAAUCUUCAACUUAUAACUGCAUGUUGAGAAUGUGCAGAUUUUUCUUUUGAACCUUGUCUUCCUCAUAUGUGUAACCUUAAUAGAAUAUUGUCUUGUGAAAUACUACACUGUUUGUAAGCCAACACCACAUGCCAUAUGCUGUGCAGUAAAGCUGAUAUGUGCAGCAGUGCCUGCUGGGAGACAGCAGACUCAUUAGGAGGCCCGACGUGUGAAGUAGUAAUGACGUUAGGAGAGAAAACCACAGCUAAUGUUUUCAAGUUGGGCUAAUGAAGUGUUAAUCAAAUCCUACAAUCAAUUCUGCAGUAAUUCUGAUCAUUUCUGUCACUAAUGAACCAGGAGACGCGGAACAUUCCGUCUGCUUUGCCCACGUUUUCUAUAGUCGCCCAAAAUCAUGGGUAGAAAUGCAGCCCCAAACUGUUACAGAAGCUCCUAAUGAAUAUGAACUAGUCCUGAAGAAUUGAUUUAAGGUUUUUUUUUUUGUUUUUUUGAAGAUGAC